AUGGGAGGCCCCGCUCUUAAGGAUCAACUGUGGGCCGUUCAGCGGGCUGAGGAUGCCGCCAAGACCCACGCGCUACUGGCCGAGACCGAGAUGACGCUAUUUGCCUUGCUUGCCGUACUCGCCGUGUCCGUGUUCUCCCCAGUGGCAGCAGGCGGGAAACUUGGCUACGGCGGCGCUGGCUACGGAGGCCUAGGAUAUGGUGGCCUCGGCUAUGGAGGUCUCGGCUACGGAGGUCUAGGCUACGGAGGCCUCGGCUAUGGAGGUCUCGGAUAUGGUGGCCUAGGUGGUGGCUUGGGCGGCGUCGGCGGCGUCGGCGGCGUCGGUGGGGUCGGUGGUGUAGGCGGUGUAGGCGGAGUAGGCGGUGUAGGCGUCGGCAGCAGUGUCGCCCUUCUUAGCGGUGGGCCUGCUUUUGCCAAAGCCGUGGCGGGCCCAGCUUUCCUGGUGAGGACGGUUCACCACGUCAACAAAGUCAGUGGUGGAGGAGCCCUUGUAGCCCACUCUGGCCUCGGAAGCGGAUAUGGUGGCGGCUACGGAGGAUACGGAGGCGGCUAUGGUGGAUAUGGCGGCGGCUACGGAGGAUACGGAGGCGGCUAUGGUGGAUAUGGUGGCGGCUACGGAGGAUAUGGAGGCGGCUAUGGUGGAUAUGGUGGCGCCUAUGGUGGCUACAAAGGUGGUUACAAAGGAUAAUUUUUGAAUCGUUCACUUAUUAUUGCGAAUGUCUUACUAAUGCAAAAGGCGAAAUUACAUGCAUAGAUGUG